AUGGAACUCAACCGAGAACAUUUUCGCGCCAUAAUUUAUUACAACUUUCAGAGACAAUUAUCUCAACAAGAAUGCCUUGCUGAGUUACUGUCUGUUUUCGGGAACAAAGCGCCACAUCAAAUUCAAACGUGGACGGGUGAGGCAGUCACCCAGGAAUACGUCGAUGUUGUGCGCAAACUCAUCAUUGAAGAUAGACAUGUGACAUAUCGCGAGAUUGAGGCGUCCUUGAAGAUCUCAAAGACCUCAAUUCAAAAAAAUUUGCAUGAAGAAUUAGGAGUGAGAAAAUUAGUUUCUCGUUGGAUACGCCACCUGUUGACUGAAGAGCAGAAAGCAACCAGCGUUAAUUGGUGUCAAAAAACGCUUGACCGUUUCAAUUCCAGAAACUCAAAAAAUGUGUUCAGCAUUGUUAGUGGUGAUGAAUCGUCGAUUUACUGUUAUGAAUCAGAAAAUAAACGACAGUCAGCUGUUUGGGUGGUCCAAUGUGAAGAAAAGCCAACAAAAGUCAUGUGUUCUCGAAGUGUUUCGAAAAAGGUGGUCGCGACAUUUGUGUCAAAAGCGGGUCAUAUUGCAACAAUUCCUCUUAAUGACGGAAGAAAACGUGGAAUUAUUGGACCAUAUAGUCCCGAUCUAAGUCCUAACGAUUUCUUUACUUUCCCGAAAAUUAAAAACAGACUGCGUGGUCAAAGGUUCCAGUCACCAGAAGAAGCAGUUGACGCAUUCAAAAAUGCCGUUUUGGAUCUGCCAGCAAACGAGUGGAAUAAGUGCUUCGAAAAUUGGUUCGAGCACAUGCAGAUGUGUAAUUAUCUUCCAGGAGAGAGGAGAAUACUUCGAAAAACAAUAAAGUCAUUUAAAACUACCUACCGUGUUGUUUUAUUUCCAUAUGCAAAACUUAAAAGACAUCCCUCGUAUGUAUAUCCACAUUCCAAUUAUUCCUUAUAG